UUCACUGAGGAACAUGAUGACUUUCAACCUGAGCAUUCUACUAAGCCUGGCAGCUGCAGUUUACUGUAUGCCAAUAUCACAGGAUACAAAUCAAGAUGAGAGUUUUGCAGAGAACUACCUGAAGCAAUUUUUCAACCUGACAGAAGAGAGCGGCCCAGCUGUCAGACGGGGAAUCAGUCCAGUGACCAAGAAGCUGGCUGAGAUGCAAAGAUUCUUUGGCCUCCAGGUCACUGGGAACCUGGACACUGAUACCAUAGCCAUGAUGAAGAAGCCCCGCUGUGGCGUUCCAGAUGUCAACAUCGCCAGUUUCUCCAUUACUGGAAAAAACUACAAGUGGGAGAAAAACAGCCUAACCUACAGGAUUGAGAACUACACACCUGAUAUGACCAUGGCAGAGGUGGACGACUCCAUGGAGAAAGCACUGCAGGUUUGGGCCAAAGUCACUCCCCUGAGAUUUACGAGAAUCUACAGUGGCACCGCGGACAUCAUGAUCUCCUUCGGCCGUCAAUCUCAUGGAGAUUUUUACCCCUUUGACGGCCCUGAUGGCACUCUCGCUCACGCCUUCGCCCCGUCUCCUGGCAUCGGAGGGGAUGCUCAUUUUGAUGAAGAUGAGACUUUCACCUUCCGUUCCAACGCAGGCUACGUCCUCUUCAUGGUAGCUGCCCAUGAGUUCGGCCACUCCCUGGGCUUGGCUCACUCUGAUGAUCCUGGUGCACUCAUGUACCCUGUCUACACAUACAGAAACCCUGAAACCUUUGUUCUGCCCCAUGAUGAUGUCAAGGGCAUCCAGUCUCUCUAUGGUUCAAACCCUGUUAAGGAUCCUAACCCUGGACCCACACCCCCCCCCACCCCUAAUGCCUGUGAUACAACCAUGGUUUUGGAUGCUGUUGUCACCGUGAGAGGAGAGAUGUUAUUCUUCAAAGACAGCUUCAUGUGGCGUAGCCACCCCCAAAGCACAACACCUCGGCAGUUUCUCAUCGCAAACUUUUGGCCUGAUGCCCCAGACAGUAUCGAUGCUGCGUAUGAGAGUCAUCACUUAGACAGGGUGUAUGUCUUUAAAGGUCGCAAAGUUUGGGCGUUCAGGGGCUAUGACCUUGUACAAGGCUAUCCAAUGUCAAUCUCCAGUUUCGGUCUGCCCAAAACCCUGGAGAAAGUUGACGCUGCUCUCUACGAUGUGCACUCUGGCAAGACUCUGUUCUUUGUCGGCAGAACUUACUACAGUUAUGAUGAAGCAGAGAAGACUAUGGACCAGGGACUCCCCAAAGAUGUUGAUCAGACCUUCUCUGGACUGACCAGCAAGGUCACAGCAGCUUUCCAGUACAGAGGUUUUAGUUACAUCUACAGUGGACCCUUCAUGUUCGAGUACAGCAUGAGAAGCGGCAGAUUGUUCCGCACUCUCGGUAACAGCUACUUCUUACAAUGCACUAACUACUAGACCCCUUUACCUAUCCUGUUAAUGUAGCUCCUCUGCACGAAAAUGAAGGCACCAAAGAUUAAACAAAACCUCCAUGAUACGUUAUACCUUGAUGGGUAUACUGGCUUCAUGUCUUUUCCCAUAAAAGCACCUUGUUUUUUAAAAACUUUUUAAAUUAUCAUUUUGUGAUUUCAGUUACAAUUUUUUUCAUAUUAUUUAUUAUAUUCAUUGUUUUAGUAUUGCUGUUGCGUUCAAUGAAGUUUAACCAAAUUUAUGUAUUCAGGAUGUUUACAAAACUGUGACACGGUCAAAAUGUAUUGGCGCGUGAAUAAAAAAUUAAAAAUCA